AUGGAAUUGACGCGCGCCUCCAUCGAGCAGCUGCUAGCCAAGUUCGACCGGAGAUUGACCGUCACCCAUCCACCCGAUAUCACUUCCCUGCUCCAUUCCAAUGACUUGCCGUCAUUGUUACAGGUUAGCAACGUGAAAGCAUCAGCGAAGAUCCUGGAGAAUGUUGGCCGUGAAAUCCAGGCAGCGAUUGAUCUGCUAGGAAAUGCGGUCGCGUCCCUUGAAGCGCAAAUGUCACGAAUCCGAUCUCUCCAGCGUGAUUACAGUCUCGUGCUAUCUCCCAUCCGCCGAGUACCAGCGGAGAUAGUGAUGGAGAUCCUACGGCGCACAUGGACGGCAGUCGAAGAUCGGGCCAACAAUCCUCAUAUCAAUGGAUUCAACGUCUUUACCAUUGCAGAGGGUCCAUGGCAUCUUGGUCAUGUUUGCAGGCUGUGGAGGGAUGUCGUCAGCACACUCUGCCCCGAGUUAUGGGCGACGAUAACUAUCGCAAUUCCAGGUCACCAGUUGGAUAUUAGUUGGCAUCCCAAAGAUGUUGUGGAAAUGCUCGAACGCGCGCUUGAGCGCACGCGCGGUCAUCCCCUUGAUUUUUUGUUCGCAUAUUGCCACUCGCGUUCGAUCAGAGAAGCCGAUAUCAUGCGUCAGUGCUUCGAUAUCAUGACGGCGCAUUCAGCGCAAUGGAGAAUGGUUGAAUUCAUCAUUCGUCCAUCCUUUCUUCCACAUCUUUCUGUCGUUCGCGGAAAGGUUGAUUGGCUUACCGAUAUAUAUAUACAAUGUUGGCCUGAUCCGGGAAGUCAUUCAGCUCCCAUUGCCGCCUUUGAGAUAGCACCUAGGCUGAGAAACUUCUACCUCAAAGGAAUGCAUCCCGAGGCUCAAUUUACUUUCCCUGCCACCAAUCUAAUUUCGUUUUACGAUGAACGGCCAUUCGCGGGCGACCUGCUGACUCCGGAAUAUAUCGAUAUUAUCAGAUCGUCUACGAACCUCAUCUCAUUUUCAUACCACGACUAUGCUGACCCCCCAGAACUACUAGUAUCCCAGCUAGCUUACCCCCGUGUUAUCGACCAGUCGGUACAGACGCUUUCGGUUUCUUCAGCAUCGUUCAUGCGAAGUGUCGAAUUACCAAUGCUAUGCGAGGUUGUUCUUACCGCUGGCUAUGACAAAGACAGAAUGCAGCAGGUUUUUCAUCUCCCAACGGAUGCCAUCAUGGCGCUGUCAGAAUUACUUCACCAUUCCCAGUGUUCGCUGAUCCGACUCUCUGUCGUCGAUACAACUAUCCUUGAUGUUGAUCUUGCCGCGGUUCUGUGA